GUCUAGAGACGUUAAGUGUGUGUUUUAGCUCUAACCCACACAUGGUUCUAUCUUUAUGAACAAUUGUUGGUGUUAAAGUUGCUGAGGUUACAUGUAGCGUUAAGUUAAUACAACACUCAGUUAGCCUGCUAGCUGCAGCCAAGUGUCCGUGCCUCAGAGUAACUCAACGUUACUCUCCAAAGAGCUCGGCUGGAUGCCUGUGAGACGGGCUCUGGUGGAUUGCGUCGUGCUGUCUCUGCAGAGUGCCUGUGUGUUUUAUCCGUGCUGUAAAGACUGCUUCUCGAGGAUUGAUGCUGAGCCGCAGGACACGACGAGAUGCAGAUGUUCCAAGUGUGGUUACAGCUGUGUGAGGGAGCAGGUUGAUUACAGAUAUCGUCUCUCACUGAGGGUGGCCCGGGACAGCUCCAUAUUUGGAGUAACAGUAUUUGGAGCCUGCUUGAACCCAUUCUUUGGCAUUCAUGCAAGAGGUUUACAGAGGUUGGUGGAGAACUCGGAUGGACCGUCAACCAGAUCCACGUUGCUGAUGAAGGCGGUGGAGGAUUGUUUCAUUGGCAGACAUUUUAUCUUUGGUAUAAAGGUAACCCAAACAGAAAGUCAGCCUUGGUUAGGAGUGCCUGCUGCGAAUGGCUCCAGCAGUAAAGAAGCGGUCCACUUUAUUGCCAGUCAGAUGAUUCUCCCCACAGCUGCAGGCCUGGAAGGCUGCACAGUGCUCAGUUAUUAUCAGCUCCUUCUUCAGAGAGCUGCAGAAUAUGAGCUGGGAUCCACCGACCCCAGCAAAACCUCCAGACCCCCAGCAGCUGCCCUGCUGCUGAUUCCUCAACAUUGUCCUGCCAGCAGCUUCAAUAACUCCACACUUCCUGCCUCAGGUCUUCUUUCCCAAUCACCACAAAGUUCACAGUACCAGGAUGGCACCCUUGCUCCCACCCCUCCAUGGGAACAGUCCCUUGGACUGGUUACUUCAUCAGCAGAGCAGGAGGAAGGCUUCAGUCUCCUGGACAGCGGAGAUGAGAACAGCCGACAGACAGAAAACAGAAAAACACCACAUCGUGCACAGAGAGGCUGCCCGCAGAACCGUGAAGUCACAGAGGAGAAAGCGCCGUCGCCUCUUCUUUCUUCAGAGUGCGGUACUUCCAAAUACCCGUGCUCAUCAACCGAGAAAGUCGUUGGAAACACGUCCAUCCCGAACACUUGCUUCAGCCCCCCCCCCACCUGGCCACAGCAUCUCCAAGGAGAAGACGUUUUCUACCCGACAACUCACCCAAACAUUUUUGUCAAGCUCCUUGGCUUGGGAAGAUUUGCCGUUCUCUGAGAGUCUUUCAGAGUUUUCGUGUGA